AUAAUAGUGAAUAGCAAAGAUUCUAAGAGUUUAUUGAAUUCUUAUACAUGUCGAAUUUAUGUUAUGUGAGCCUGCUUAGCUCAGAGGUUAAAGCAUCGCAUUUGUAAUGCGAUGGUCAUCGGUUCGAUUCCGAUAGUCGGCUUUUCUCUAUUUAUUUUAUUCUAUGUUUUACAUGAUUGAUAAUGCAUCUUUGAAAUCAAAGAAUAUUGAAAAAAAAAUGUUUUCCUCUUUUGGCGAAAGCCCUUGAUUUAUUAUGUGAUAGGAAUUUCCAACUAUCUAACGAAAAGAAUCCUUUUCUUUUUCUAUAUAUAGAAUAUAAAGAUCUGGAUAUUUAUCCAACUCAUCUCAUUAUUCUUUAAUAGAAUAACUAAGUAAAUUUCGCUUUAUUUAGAAUUUAGUUCAUUUUUAGUUUAGGUUUAUUCUGUAGAAUGAAAUUUCAUCAAUAAGAAUUAAUAAUUAAAUAUAAAUAAGAAGAAGGAGUCUUUAUGUCGCGUUACCGAGGUCCUCGUUUCAAAAAAAUACGCCGCCUGGGGGCUUUACCAGGGCUAACUAAUAAAAGGCCCAGAGCUGGAAGUGAUCUUAGAAACCAAUCGCGUUCCGGGAAAAAAUCCCAAUAUCGAAUUCGCCUAGAAGAAAAGCAAAAAUUGUGUUUUCAUUAUGGACUUACAGAACGACAAUUACUUAAAUACGUUCGUAUCGCCGGAAAGGCAAAAGGGUCAACAGGUCAGGUUUUACUACAAUUACUUGAAAUGCGCCUUGAUAACAUUCUUUUUCGCUUGGGUAUGGCUCCGACUAUUCCGGGAGCUCGCCAAUUAGUUAACCAUAGACAUAUUUUAGUCAAUGGUCGUAUAGUAGAUAUACCAAGUUAUCGCUGCAAACCCCGAGAUACUAUUGCGGCGAGGGAUGAACAAAAAUCUAAAGUUCUAAUUCAAAAUUCUCUCGAUUCAUCCCCCCAUGAGGAAUUGCCAAACCAUUUGACUCUUCAACCAUUCCAAUAUAAAGGAUUAGUCAAUCAAAUAAUAGAUAGUAAAUGGGUCGGUUUGAAAAUAAAUGAAUUGCUAGUUGUAGAAUAUUAUUCUCGUCAGACUUAAACCUAACAAAAAUAAAAUCAACACUAAUAAGAAUAAGGAAGAAUAAGGGUUCGACCCAUUUUGCUCCCUUUCGGCGAAGUAAAUUAACCUAAGGUUAAGAUAAAUAAGGGUUUGAUCCGGAUUUUUCUUCCAUUUAGGUAUCAUAGACCGAGAGGGAGAUUUUCA